AUGGAAUCUCACGCACCGGAGCCGUCCAACAAACGGCCCCGGUCUCCCACCGAUCAGCAGAUGUCUUCGAAAAUCCCCAAAACCCAUUCGAACCACCUGCAAAUCAACUACCUCGCGCGCCAAUAUCCAGACAACCUCCCGCUGGUGUCUGUCGAUGAUACUAUGCCCGCGAUCGUUCAUCUGCUGGGAGAAUAUGACGGCGUGUUACAUCGCCACGAGAGCAUUGCCGGGAACCUAGGCGCAUGUCCGCUGGGCCCGAUCUUGAUCAAGCGUUUCGAGCGUCUGUUCGAUGGUCCACCAAAGGUGUUGAAAUCACAUGGUAAAGAUGGGCCCACUGUGACAUGGCUGGACGUGGUCGAAUUCGCAAAGAGCAAGCCGGAACAAUUCAAUUUGGAGAAGUCGCGCAAUGGCGUCCGUGUCUGCCAGUUCUAUACUAAGCAGUGUCGCGUGGAGAUCAGCGAGGAGGACUUCGUUUUGAUUGCUUCUGGUAUGCCCCAGAAGAUGAUCCCCCCACAGCCGAUCAUUGAAGAUGAGGAGAAGGAGCUUGGCGCGCUAGAGAUUCUCGAGAAGAACUUGCAGCAUAUUACUCAGAUGGCGGAUCAAGUCUCUGCUCGGGCUAGACAACUCAAUCAUCGUCUGAAGAACCGCCGCAAUGCAAUCGUUACCCGGCGAGAGAACGAUGCUACUCUACAUGCGCAAUCUCGAUCUGCCACCGACAUCUGGCGCGAUGCCAAUGGUCAUGGUCCUGUCAACGGCCACGGCUCAUCGCAUGCUUCUCCGUCGGGGUUUGUCGCUGUCAACGCUCAUCGCCCCGAGGGUGAGCACACCGAGGAGAACCCCAACCCUCUAUCAUCCCAAUUCAUGUUCUCGCACUCCAACACCGACAACGUCACCAUGAUCAACGGCCAGUCGAUCAAAGGUGCCUCACCAACCACUCGCGCGGACCUUAUGAAGAGAUUCUUCACAACCGCAGACCGUCAUGCUCGUGCUGGCUACGAGGACAUCACAGCCCCAGUCAACCCCCAACCCCUGCCUCGGCCUCGAGGUUCCGACCCAGCAGAAUACAGCCUGUACAAUCCAACAACAGCAACCCCCGUCGCAAUCCCAAACACCCCUUCCUCCCUCCUCCCACCCCCAAAAUCAACCCCGCAAGAAAAAGAUGACGGCGGCCCCUUCAAGCUCGAAAUGAUAGCCCACAUGGAAGAGCUCCAACGCGGCGAGCGCGUCCUCCCACCCUGCGACCGCUGCCGCCGCCUACACAUGGACUGUCUGAAGAACCUCACCGCUUGCGUCGGCUGCACCAAGAAACACGCCAAGUGUUCCUGGCGCGACGUCAAAGAAGACGAAAUCACAGCCAUGCGCGCCGGAACCUCAACAGCAACAACCUACGAUCAAGAGCCAACUAUCACCCCACCCCGAUUCCUCGGAUCCGGUCCCCUCCCUCCCAUCUCCGCAGAGCGCGAGCAUCGCAGAGACUACGAGGAACCAUACUAUCCGCGCCGCGAAUCCGCCCCCUCGGCUCCAAACCCCGCCCCCUCCGCCGUUCCCAUGGAACUCCCCUCAAGCGAGAACUCGCCCCGCCGCGCUAUCAGCGAAACAGAAGGCCGCCCCCGUGCGCCUGUCCGGUCAGACCGUCCGAACGAUGAAGACCCGGACGCGAAUCAGCGCCUCAUGCAGGCUAUUCUCGAUACGGUGGAUCAUCAUACCCGUGUCGCUGCUGCUGUGCAGGAGAAGGAGCGCGGAACGGAGCGCGAGGGGGGGUCCUUCGGCUCCGAGUGCGCCUGCUUUUGA